GAUUCGGUGUGUUCCGGUCUUAAACCUAAUCCUCUAAUCGCUGCGAGCCUGCGAGCUGCGGCUGGAGGGCCGCCGCCGGGGUCGCCGCUUCCCCGCCGCCGGGGCCGCCGCUUCCCCGCCGCCGGGGCCGCCCCUCCCGUCGCUGCGGCCGGAGAGCUCGUGCUUGAGCCCAUCUUGCUGGUGCCGCUGCUCCCCCGGCGCCGCGCCGCCGCCGCCGCCGCUAGGAGCUCGUGCACCCGCAUCUCCGGCGUCGCGUCCCAGCCAUCCUCUCUAGGUCAGCCAGUAUACUAGUAUCUGCUCGUCGACAUCGAGGUCGUGCCGGGGAUCAAAAGGUUCGUCCGCGGAGGCGCCGAGCUCGUCGACCACCGCGGUCAUCCUCGCCACCAGCUACCACAGCAAGGUCCCUCAGUGGCUAAAGGACUACCCUAGUUCCAAUUCCUAGGUCCGCCACUGCCACCUGCUCCCAACUGAGCGGCCAGGAUGCGGGUUAAGAAGCGUUCGAAGCACCGCAAGGCGGUCAAGUUCUAUUCCACAUGCUUCGGCUUCCGUGAGCCUUACAAGGUCCUCAUCGAUGGCACCUUCGUCCAGCACCUCAUCACCCAGCGCCUCCUCCCAGCCGAUGAGGCACUCCGCGACCUCCUAUCGGCCUCCAGGGCGCCAGCCCUCUUCACCUCCAAGUGUAUCGUCGCAGAGCUCAGGCGACUCGGCAAGUCACAUGCCGAAUCCUUCGACAACGCUCAGCUUCUCGCCACGAACAAGUGUGAGCAUGACAAGGUUGUCAGUGCAGUGAAUUGUAUCCUAUCACUGAUAGGUGAUAGGAAUCCUGAGCGAUUCUUUGUUGCCACCCAAGACGCUGAUCUCCGGGAAAAGCUAAGAGAGAUUCCUGGGGUUCCUGUAAUAUAUGGAUUGAAGAACUCCUUAUUUAUAGAGCAACCCUCUGUUCAGCAACGCAAGUUUGCUCAAUUGGAUGAGGAGAAGCGUCUCAAUAUGGAUAUAUCUGAGUAUAAGAAGUUAAUGAAGGCUGCAUCAGAAGGAAAGACAACAGCUAGUGAAAAUGGAAGUGACGGAGAACAACAUGAGAGGCCUAUCAGUUCCCUUGUAAAAAAUGCACUUGGUGUUGCAGAUAAAAGCAAGUUUAAAAGGAACAGAGCAAAGGGUCCAAACCCACUCUCCUGCAAGAAAAAGAAACCAAACCCCCAGCCCUCAGCUAUUCAAAAUAAGGGGGCUACGGUUGAUGGCGAGGCAAAGAGAAAGAGAGUUCGUAAGCGGAAGAGAAGCCAGAAAGAUAACAAACAAGCAGAGACCUAAAUGGUCUUGCAUACAAGUUUCAGUGCUCUUGCUGCGUCUCCAUCUUGACCCCUGAGGACCUGAACAAGAACUAAGUCAACUAGGGGAGCUUGAAUCUGGCUUUGCCUGAUUAAUGUAUUGCAUCAGUGUGGUUGAACCUAUGCUUUAUUUUUGGUAACAAAUCUGUACUAUGGUUGGAUCAUUUUGGCCAAUCUGGUGAAUGUUUCUUCAUUCAGAAAAAAAUGUUAUCUGUAAAUUUGAGCUGAGCUGAGCAGUGCUAUUGUGUCCCUGAAUUUGCCUGAUUAUAUGCUGAAUGUGUCCUUGAA